AUGGCCAAGGUGCUGCCUGCCUGCCUGCUCGUGGCUCUGCUGCUCCUGACCCCAGCCCUGUCGGCACAGCACGAGCGAGGGCUCAUCUUCAACUUGGAGAUCGGGGAGCUGUGCCUGCAGAGUGCCCAGUGCAAGAGCGGCUGCUGCCACCGGAUCAAUGGCCUCAGCUUGGCCCGAUGCGCUUCGAAGGCAGCUGAGUCCCAGGAGUGCUCCCCAAAGAGCAUAUAUGGGGUCUACUACAAGUGUCCCUGCGAGAGAGGCUUGACCUGUGACGCUGAUAAAACCAUUGUGGGCUCCAUCACCAACAGCGACUUCGGUGUCUGCAAGGACCCCCAGGACUCCUACAAGCGGCGGUGAAGAAAGAGGCCCCCCUGUGCUGCCCCUGCAACCCCAUCUUUCCCCCUCUCCAGGGAUUCCUGGGUCUGGUUGUGGGAGAAUUUGAGUAAA